CCGUGUGGCCUGGAAGCCCUUCAAGGUUUAGCUAAAGGCAGGCGGCCACGGACUCCAUGCUGGCAGGACAUGACCAAGGAGGGGAAGGGCUCCGAGCAGCUUCCCGAAGCAAUAUGCAUCGCAGGGCCCGGGAGCAAGGUUGCCAAGGACCUCCAGGUCCUGGUGAAGAAGGUGGCGGGCCAGCCUGAUGUCCUGCUCAUUGGGGAGACACUGGAAGGCAAGGACAUCCACGGGAUGAUGGACACCUUCGUCAAGGACCUCUUUACCACCAACUGCUUCCCCAUCCACCCCGGAGAUUCCCUGAAGGAGCCCUUGGCCGCCACCACCUGCAACAUCGGGGGCACGCAAUGCCAGCUGAUCUUCUUCCUCUGCCGGGCUUCCUGCCUCCAGGGGAAGCAGAAGGAGCUCCGCAGGGUCAUCAAGGAGGUGAAGAAGUUUGUCGAGAAGUCCCCCUGUGCCCUGGUGGGCGUCGUCAUGGACCCCAAGACUUCGGAGGCAGAGGCCGCCCGCGACCAGCUGCUGCGCAUGCUUCGGGGCGCCUUCCCCAAGGGGUCUGUGCAGAAGCAGAGCAAGGCUGGAAAGGCUGCGGAGGAGGUCAAGAACGGCCCAAUGGAGCUGGAGGACGUGGAAGUGGAAGCGGAGAUCUACACCCCAGGCCACCCGCGGGGGAACCUGGCCAUCGUGAAAGCAGCUUGCAGGGCUUCUGAAGCCCUGAUCAAAUCCAAAGGUGUGAGGCUCCCGGUUCUGGCACAGGGGUCAUGUAAGGCAGCAAGGGCUCCCACAAGGUUGACUGGUAGUGCCCUCUAGUGUGACAUGGCCCCUUUCCUUGGAAGGAAGAUACUGGAGGUUGCCUGCCACUCUGCCUGAUUGGAGAGUUGGAGGCAGCAUUGUUUCUCAAUAUCAGUUUCUGGAAGCCCCAGAAACUGGGGAGAGGGCUCUUGUGUUCUGGUCCUGCUUGCCAGUUUCCCAGCAGAGGCAUCUGGUUGGCCACUGUGGCCACAAGAUGUUGGCCUAGAUGGGCCAUUUUGGCCUGAUCCAGCAGCCAGGCUCGUUAUGGAACCCCCAGCUCCAGAGGCAGUCUAUCUAGAUUUCUAGGUUCUGAGGGGUAUUAGGCCACUGUGAGAAAAGGAUACAGGGCUAGGUGAGCCAUUAGCCCAAUCCAGCCGACAGUCUCCUCUUAAGUUCUUCUGUAUACAGAGGUAUCUCAGGUUAAGUACUUAAUUCGUUCCGGAGGUCUGUUCUUAUCCUGAAACUGUUCUUAAUCUGAAGCACCACUUUAGCUAAUGGGGCCUCCUGCUGCCGCCGCGCUGCCAGGACACGAUUUCUGUUCUCAUCCUGAAGCAAAGUUCUUAACCCGAGGUACUAUUUCUGGGUUACCGGAGUCUGUAACCUGAAGCGUAUGUAACCCGAGAUACCACUGUACAGGCUGAGUGUAGGUGGCAAUAGAGUUUAACUCCAACAGAAGUCCCAAAUUCACUGAUCCCUGCCAGAUUUCUAGGGGAAUCACCAGGACCAUCAUUUUGUUGUUGUUUUUAACAGAGAGCAGUCCAGCCCUCUGCGUUUCUCACCCCCAGCUUAGCCAAGCUGACGGGCUGUAGCUCAGAAUGCAGGAGGUUCCAGGUUCAAUCACCACUGGCAUCUCCAGGAAAAGACCUGUGACUGACUAUCUGGAGAACCGCUGCUGCCAGUCAGUGCAGACAGUACUGAGCUAGAUGGACCAGUGGUCCAACUUGCCAUAAGGCAAUCAGCUAUAUUUUGUCUGCCCCAGAACAAUGAACAGGGUGCAUGCUUUGUUCUCUCCCUCACAAGGCCUGGCUUGCCCCCUCUCUCCUGUGCUCAUGAAGAUUCCUGCAUUGCAGGGGGUUGGACUAGAUGACCCUUUGGUCCCUUCCAACUCUAUGAUUCUAUGAUCACUCAACAGUGACUCAACAUCAGUUCUGGUGUGUGGUGACUUACAAGACAGAACCCCAUGCAUCAGGCCCCUCGUGUCAAAGGUCCAAUAUUGACCUCCCUGAUCUGUGUGGUUAAGGAUAGACAACAGAACUUCCUUUCCGCCUUAGGACUCGAAGCUUCUGCCACAUGCAAACUGCUUAGAGCUAACUUUUGGGGGUUGCUGCCCCCUUGAUUAUAUAAACUUGUCCCCAGUGCCCCCUGCCUCAAUCCUAUGAAAAGCAUUGUUCAGAAGAGUGGUUUGCAUGACCCAGUAAGGGAAUAUAAUAAUGCGAUAAAAGUCAAAACCAUGGCAAUUAAUUGCCCAUUGAUUCAAAAUCCAUUUAAAAUUAUGUAGUUUAAUUAAUUCAACAAAACUGACAAAUUUAGGACCAACAGGAUAGCAGAGUUGGAGGGGACCCCCUGAUGUCAUCUAGUCUAACCCGCUGCAAAGAAGGAAGCUCAACUAAAGCAUCCAUGACAGAUGGCAAUCCAACCUUGGCUUGGAAACCUCCAAGAAAAGAGAGUCCAUGAUCUUUGACUCCACUGUCAAACAGCUCUUACUGUCCAAAAGUUCUUCCAAAUGUUUAGUCAGAAUCUCCCCCCCCCCCCCCAGUUUGGGUCCUCCCCUCCAGAGCAGCAGAAAAGAAGCAGGCUCCAUCUUCCAUUUGACAGCCCUUUGGAUAUUUCAAGAUGGCUAUAAUGUCACCUCUCAGUCUCCUCCUGUUCCCCUCCCAGAGCUACAAUGCUCAGAGUAGUCCAACCAUAAUUCCCUCGUUCACAGGGAAUGCUGGGAACAGCAGCUCUGUGCAGGGAGGAGGGGACUCCCAAACUCUCUCAGCACUCGGAGCAAAACACAGCUCCCAGUGGGACCAUCUUUUCAAAGUCUGGUGGUCAUUGCCACCCCCUUGCCUCUCAGCCACCCCACCUCCUGGAAUUCCUCCCGCAGGAAGCACUACACCUGCUUUGGGAACCACAGGCUUAGAGGUUCCCAGAGCCUCUGAAAGGUCAAAAGGGGGUAUGUAAAUUUUGCUUAAUAAUAAUAAUAAUAAUUUAUUAUUUGUACCCCGCCCAUCUGGCUGGGUUUCCCCAGCCACUCUGGGCGGCUUCCAACAAAGAUUAAAAAUACAUUAAAAUGUCACACAUUAAAAACUUCCCUGAACAGGGCUGCCUUCAGAUGUCUUCUAAAUGUCAGGCAGUUGCUUCUCUCUUUGACAUCUGAUGGGAGGGCGUUCCACAGGGUGGGCACCACUACCGAGAAGGCCCUCUGCCUGGUUCCCUGUAGCUUUGCUUCUUGCAGUGAGGGAACUGCCAGAAGGCCCUCGGCGCUGGACCUCAGCGUCCAGGCAGAACGAUGGGGGUGGAGACACUCCUUCAGGUAUACUGGGCCAAGGCCGUUUAGGGCUUUAAAGGUCAGCACCAACACUUUGAAUUGUGCUUGGAAAUGUACUGGGAGCCAAUUUAGGUCUUUCAAGACCGGUGUUAUGUGGUCUCGGCGGCUGCGAAUGGAAGAUAAGAGGUGUGUUUUUAAGAAUGGGUACAGGAAUGGGAAAGUGGGACUACCCCCUCGAUCUAGUUAACCCAAGAAUUCCUGUGCAGGUAUGCCGGAGGAGGCCCCUAACGCCGAGGUCACUAAGGAUUCGCUAACCAUUACAGGUUCGUGGACUUCGUUUGCCGUCAAAAGUUUCGUGGGGAUGACAUUCAUUGCCUUGGCUUCCGCAGCAGGGUGGUACGCCUACAACCAAGGGAUGAUCCCGCCAGAGGUGUUGCAACUCCUGCACUUGCCGCCUGUCUGAGGUGUGUGUUUCCUUCGGCUUUCUCUGUCAAGAGCCUUGUUGGCUUUGAGCAAGAGAACUUCAACUCAGGCCCAUCUCAGAAUGCCAGCAAUUGGGCGUCAUCCAAAAGCCGUAUGGGGCGAGCAAAAGAGAACAGCUCUUCAGCCAGAUUGCACACAUAACUUGUGGGAUUCACUGCCACAAGAUCUGGUAAUGCCCAGCAAAGGGCUUCUGGCUUAGCGGUUCAGCUUCAGCUUCCCAUGCAGAAAGUCACAGGUUCAUUCCCCAAUGGCAUAUCUGGGCUAAUCUGAUUCGGUACAAGGCAGAUUCCUAUCUUCCUAUUUAAAUUUGCCCUUUCUCCAGAACCAUAAGGACUGGGAUCUUACUUUACUCUUAGGGAAGAACCUUAGCUCAGUGAUAAGGAAUCUGCUUUGCAUGCAGAAGUCCAGGUCGGGCUGCUCAUGCCCCCAUCUGGAACCCUGGAUCGCCACUGCCAGUCCAUGUACUGAGUUAGAUGGACCAGUGGUCUCACUCAAUAUGAGGCAACUUCUUAGGUUUCAGUAGCUUAGAUGGAUUGAAAACAACAACUGAUUUUACAUACUUAUGGGUAUUGUCAAUGAGUAUUAGCCAGGACAGUUGAAAGCGGAGCCUCCAUGUUCAGGAGAAGUUUGACACUAAUAAAGCAGAUACCUAUCACUGUUGGUAAAUGUGGAUGUCAGGAGCUAAUCAAGACAGACCCUAGAGCCAUGAGAUGGCGUUUCCCUUUAGGUUCCCAGCAAGACCAAAUGCAAAAUAAAGAGAACACAUUAUAUUGUUUUUGUGGCAUGGCUGCAAUCCUGUACAUGGUUUCCUGGGUAGCCUCCACUGAACUCAGGGGUGCUUCUUCUAUGACUGCACAGGUCCAACAUGCAGAACACUUAAGCUCCAGCCAGCUAAAAUCCAAGCUUUGGUUUUUAAUUAGAAAUGUAAAUAAGUGUUACUUUUUAAACUGCUGGUGUAAAGCAGGGCCCCAUCAAAGAAAAGGAAAAGGCGAAGCCAGCCUCUGCUUAUUUUCCUAAUCCUCUGACUUUAUACCAACUGGCCCCAAACCAGUAACACUUGAAAGCCUCCUUAUCCCCUCAUUCACUGGAGGGACCUGUCACUGCAGUGUUGGGGGCCGAAAAUUAGUUGGGGGCCCUCCAGGCCAGUUCUGGCCUGAGUACUGCUGGUUCCCUGCCCGCUCCACUAUGUAGCCAUAAUGGCUAUUAGCACUGAAAGACUUGUCAUCCAUGGCUUUGUCUAACUCCUAUCUAAAGCCAUCUAAGGCUGUGAUCUUCGUAUGUUGUGCCAGUGAGUUCCCCAGAAUAAUUGGGUGUUGUGCAAAGAAGUGCUUUCUUUUGUCUCUCCUGUUUAGCAUUAUGCCGCAACAGAAGCCCAGGAUGUGCACUGAGACAUGUGUUCAGAUCAGAUGUUUUUUAGGCAUGGUCUGCAUGCUUACUGAAAUAAGCUGAUUGCUCCUGUGGGUGGGUUUUUGGCCAAUAGGUGUUGCAUUUAUUUUAUCACUUAAAGAAAAUUGAAUGCAAUAACACCCACCCCUUAAAAAGGAGGGAAAACCAUUGACCUGAUGGUUUUAUUCUGUUUUCUCUUCAGAUUCCGAGUUCUUUGGGGUUUCAGCUGUCCUGCAAAAUAAAAUCAACAGCAUGGCAC